AUCCCAGGAAGUGAUGGCAGGAAACAGAAAGGUAUAUAAGGUGUGAGGACCAGGAACUAGUGCCUUUUCAGCUUUUAGGCCUUUAGCAGCAGUUCAGCUGAGAUCCAUUCCGGCGAGGACUCACAAGCUUCAGUCUGAAGAUUCGUGGAAACAGGAUCUGAUCAGGAGUUGUAGAGGAAACAAUUACUCUUUGUAAGAAAUCCCAGUUGAAAGAAAAUUUACAAUAUCUACAUUUAUUUCCCAGUGUGUUAUUAAAUGGAACUUUAUGUGUCAUCAUAAUACAGUAGAAGCAGCGACGGGUCGGAUAACCGUUUGUGAAAUGACGCGGCACAGUAAGAACUGUACUACAGGGGCUGUCUACACCUACCAUGAGAAGAAGAAGGACGCAGCGGCCUCAGGCUAUGGAACCCGGAACAUCCGACUGAGCCGGGACUCUGUGAAGGACUUUGACUGCUGCUGUCUCUCACUGCAGCCCUGCCAUGAUCCUGUGGUCACCCCAGAUGGCUACCUGUACGAACGGGAGGCGAUCCUGGAGUACAUCCUACACCAGAAGAAAGAGAUUGCCCGGCAGAUGAAGGCCUAUGAGAAGCAGCGAGCAGCCCGGAGGGAAGAGCAGAAACAGCUUCAGCGAGCUGCAGCCCAGGACCAAGUUCGAGGCUUCCUGGAGAAGGAGGCAGCCAUCGUGAGCCGGCCCCUCAACCCCUUCAUGCCCAAAGCUGCCACCUUACCCAACACAGAUGGUGAGCAGCCAGGGCCCAGUGCGGGUCCCCCAGGCAAGGACAAGAACAAAGCGCUGCCCAGCUUCUGGAUUCCCUCACUGACGCCUGAGGCAAAGGCCACCAAGCUGGAAAAACCAUCUCGCACUGUGACCUGCCCGAUGUCUGGGAAGCCUCUACGCAUGUCGGACCUGACGCCAGUGCGCUUCACGCAGCUGGACGACUCUGGAGACCGCGUGGGACUCAUCACAUGCAGUGAGCGCUACGUGUGUGCUGUGACCCGAGACAGCCUGAGCAAUGCCACACCAUGUGCAGUGCUGCGGCCCUCUGGGGCUGUGGUCACCCUGGAGUGUGUCGAGAAACUGAUCCGGAAGGACAUGGUGGACCCGGUGAACGGGGAUCCGCUGACAGAACGUGAUAUCAUCAUGCUGCAGCGCGGCGGUACAGGCUUCGCAGGCUCAGGAGUGAAGCUACAGGCAGAGCUGUCUCGGCCAGUGAUGCAAGCCUGAGCUGAGACCUAAUAAACCUGCCUGUGAAUGG